CGCGAGGCGCAGUGAGUUUAGACACCUCUGGGGGUAGGCGCCACAGAGUUCCCGGAUGUUGUAAACAAAAUUUCUUCCCUUUUCUUUUGCUCAAAGAAUUUUUAAUCUCGUUCUGUCCCUGAACGGAAAAUAAACAUUCGUCACAAACAGGGUAGACUUGAUGGUUGAAUGUUGAUAAUUUGGAAUAAAGAUUUUAUUUGAGGGACGCUGCCCCAUCAGCCACUCACAUAAUUAACAGAUACCCCGGAUGUUCAUUUGCAUGUUUCCAGUCUCGUACCCAGGGUCACGAGAGCGAGAACUGGGAACGUUUGACACUUCCGGGUUUGGCAGCACCUGCAGACCCUCCAGGAUGGACCACGCUGUGAGUACAGCUGCCAUCUCGGUCGUCAUUCCAGUUGCCAUGGCAACGGCGAUCACAUGGCUGGGCUGUUUCGACAGCGUCAUCACCGAUCUCGGUUUCCAACACUACGGCGAGCACCCUGACCACAACAUCCCCCUCCUACCCUCUCAACUCAAGAUGCCUGCUAACACCCUGGUCAACUUGGGUUACACACUUCUCGGAUUCCUGUGGAUUAACAAGUUUGUAAAAGACAGAAACGACGGCGCCAUUACCGACGGCGACCUUUUUGUGGGUUCUACAUUCUGCUGGAUGGCGGUCGCGUAUGGACCGGUACAGUUCCUGCGUAUCGUGACUCAGCGGCACAGGUUCGCCGUGUUAGACCAGUGGUUCACCCUACCGUUCUUCGCUUGGGUUGUGGUGAUGAGCGACUACCUCAUGGACGGAUGGAAUGCCAGAAGGAUUUUGACUGUCGUUGUGCUUUCCUUUGCGAGCUAUACCUUCGCUCUACUUCAUGACCUUGGCUUUGAGGUCGCUCUAGGAUUUCACAUACUACUUGCCGUUAUGUACGGCAUGCAAAUUUUCCGAGCUAGCCAAUCAGAAAAGUUAAAGUCGAAGCUACUAAGGGCAUUGAUGUUUGCUGUUCUGUCUUGUGCAGGGUUUGUCGGGUUGAAGCUCCUUGACUUGUACCUUGCCAGGUUUUUGUUGUUUCAUCGUUUUUCGGGACAUUUCUGGUCCAAGGUGGCGGACAUAAUGCAGAUACAUUUUGUGUGUAAAUUCUUCCACCCCAUCAUGGUGGAAAAUGCCAAGAAUAAGAAAGAAUGAUUGCAAUUAAAGGAGUGGAAAGAUUAAAAGCUGAUCUAGUCACAAUCUAGGUUUAAGUGAUCUAGAACUUAGGCCAAGUUGACUCGAUCACAUAGAUGGCAUCCUCUGGGAACUCCAAAACUGAUGCAAGCGUUCAAAGAAAAAAACGUUUGGCAAAAUAAAAGUUGAUUGAUUAUAAAAUGUGAGUGGUAAGGAAGGUUGAACAAAUGACUAGCACACAUCUUGUAUAUCAAACAGUAGAUUCUUCAUAUUUGUUCUUCUUUGACUUUGUCAUUCUACAAUAUUAGUACAUGUAUCUCUUUCCUGAUAUAUUUUGCACUAUUUGCAUACUUUUGUAGCUGCUUUGUACGAUUUACAAUAUGGUCAAAAACUUUCUUUUUAAAUCAAUGCAUAAGUAGAUGCCAUUUAUAUACAUGUAAUCAAAUCAACAUGGCCUUACCAAUAAUGUAUUUAUCAACUAUUCUGUAACAUGGCAGAUUUAACUUUCAUACUAAUAAAUACAUGUAUUGAAAGUUUUCAGCAAUUUUUUUUAUUGAUCAUUUUUACAGUUUGGAAGAUAUGAGUACACAUUACACAAACCC